AGGAGGGGAGGGGCUAUGGAGUCCCAAGGCCAGGGCCCUACCACCAGGGUCACCAGGGGCAAAAGAGUCACCCUUUUCCAAGACAAGCAGGGAGGUGGGGCUGUUGAACCACCAUCACUUCCUGCAAGGAAGGGUGAGCCUGCAUUGACAUACCAAGGCCUCUAUUACAGGCCUUCCCUGGCCAGGAAGAAGGCUGUGUAUGACUUCCGGGUGAGGUGGCCAGAACUGAUUCUCCUGGACCAGAAGAAAAUGGAGGAACUCCCCCUAAUUGGCAAAAGCACCUCUGACAAGCAGGUCCAUGAGGCCAGUACCUGCUCCUCAGGGAUCAGCAUCAGCAACACAGACCUGAAGAGCACUCCCAGUGAGUGCCUGGAUUCCAAAGGAGAGGAAGGCCCCCAACCCCUUCCUGCACAGUCUCCAUAUAUGACCAUUCUCAACAGCUAUCUGAAGCCAGAGUCGAUGACCAGGCUGGAGAAGAAGGUGAGGAAGAAGACCCUGGUGGCCAUGCAGAAGCUGGAGCAGGAGAUGGAAGCAGUUAAGAGACGGCGGUGGGCACUGAUGAAGGACAUCAAGGAAGUGGAGUGCGAACAAACAGAGGACAAGCACUUCCUGGAGUUCCUGAAGCAGAAGAAGGAAGAAAGCCAGAGGAAGUACGACUCCCUGUGGAAAGACUACAGACAGCAGUGUCAGGAGAUCGAGGUCAGGAGGCGAGAGCUGGCCGGCACCUUCACCUCCCGCACAGCAUACCUCCAGAAGAAGCUGCUGCAGGGCAGGAAGAUAGAGCUAGGCUUCAGGAAGAAGCUGGAUGCCCUGAGGCCUGUAGCACAGAUAAAGGAGAGCCAGGACAGAGAGUUCCAGGCCUUAGAGCAGGAGAAAGCCAGCAUAGUAGCUGACAUCCCCUUGAUGGACAGAGAGGCACACUUCCAGUUCCUGAAGGAAAGGGCCGCCCUAGAGAAGCAGGUGGAGAAGCUGAACCUGCUGGAGUCAGGAGAGAACACCACCAGAGAGCUGAGGAAGAAGGCCAAGGCCUUGGAGGCUCUGGCCAAAAAGGCUCACAAGGACUUCUGCCAGGGUGUCAGUGCUGAGAACAGGGAACUGCGAGCACAGCUCCGGCAGCUGGAUAAGGAAUUCUGUGAGCUGGAAGCCAGGAGGGAGAAGCUGGAGCAGCGAAAGCAGCGGUGGAAGGAGCAGCAGUGGUACCUGGAGGCCCUGGCCCGGGGGAGGGAGCGCCUACAGCAGCAGGAGUACCGACCCCCCAAACCACAGGCCACAGGCUCCACACCCAACCCAGGGCCGUCUACUGGGUGCCAGGCCAGGAACCAAUCCUAA